AUGGCGUUCUUGCUUGCGUGUUUGGCGUGUUUGGUGGUUGGCGCAAGCUCGGCAUCCCAGGAGUCAGCCUCCUUUCCUGGACGUGCCUUGCGGGCGAAAGCCAAGACGAAGUGUGACGGAGCGGGUUGUACUUGCGCGAGCAGCGAUGACUGCCAUCCUUCGUCCAAGCACUGCAUACAGAUUGGACUGGCACAGAAGUGUUUUGGGGAAGCAGUUGUGAACGCGAAGAGCAACAUCGGGAACUUCGAAAAGUUCGCGGACCACGCAGAUCUCGUCGAACAUCCAUCCGCUCUUGAGGAGGUGUCUACAUGGUUGCUGCACAACAACGUCCACAGUGUGGAGGAGCUGGCGUCAUCCAAAGACAUGAUGGGGAAGUUCCUGCUUGCGACGCACAGCAAAGUCAAGCUCCGGCCAUACUACAACAUGAGGAGAUACCUGCAGAAAGACUUGCGCAAAGCACCUCCACCACCUGCGGUGCAAAAUCCUCUUCCGUUUGCCUUAGGUGGGACAGGAGGCGUGGGAAGCCAAUGA